AGCAAGCAUUUCUCCUGCCUUGUAUCAGACAAUUGGUGGUUGAAAAUUUCCCGGUAGUGUUCAUAUAUCCAAUGAUUCUCUCCACGAUGUUCCAACCAUUUUGUGUACUUCUUGUAAUGUGCUUUUGUGCACUUGCAAUGGCCAUUUCUCCUAAUUAUUAUGAUGCUGGUUCUUCAGAGAUUGCUUCCUUUGCUUCUUCAGCAAGAUCACAUAGCAAAGAAGCAAAUGCUUUGUUGAAGUGGAAAGCCACCCUUGACAACCAAAGCCGAGCUUCUCUCUCUUCAUGGACCGGCAAUAAUACUUGCAAUUGGCUUGGAAUUGCAUGUGAUGAGUCCAAUUCUGUUUCCCACAUAAGUCUUGCACUUGUUGGAUUAAGAGGUACCCUUCAAAGUCUUAACUUCUCAUUACUUCCAAACAUCCUCACUUUAAAUAUGAGUCACAACUCCUUGAAUGGAAGUAUUCCUCCUCAAAUUGGAGUGUUGUUCAAACUCAACGCUCUUGAUUUGUCAGCUAAUAAUCUCUUUGGUAGCAUUCCAAAUAGCAUUGGUAAUCUAUCCAAACUCUUUUAUCUUUUUCUUCAUGACAAUGGUUUAUCUGGGACAAUUCCUUCUGAAAUAACAAAAUUGGUUGGUCUUCAUUCAUUGGUCAUGGGUCAUAAUUUUUUCAGUGGAUCUCUUCCUCAAGAAAUAGGUAGCUUGAGGAAUAUGUCGAUGCUUGAUUUCCAGUGGUCUAAUCUCACAGGGCCUAUUCCAAUAUCAAUAGAAAAGUUAAACAAUUUGUCUUAUCUAGAUUUAGGAGGUAACAACCUUUCUGGCAACAUUCCACAGGGAAUAUGGCAUAUGGACCUAAAAUAUUUGUCACUUGCAAUUAAUAACUUCAAUGGUUCCCUACCCAAUCUCACAGGGAUUGUCCCAAACUCCAUAGAAAAGUUAAACAAUUUGUCUACUCUAGAUUUAGGAGCCAACAACUUUUUUGGCAACAUUCCAGAGGGAAUUUGGCACAUGAACCAACUAAAGUAUUUGUCUCUUGCAGAUAAUAACUUCAACGGUUCCCUCCCUCGAGAAAUUGGGAACUUAAGGAAUCUAGAGUAUCUAAAUCUUAUAAAAAGUGGCCUUUCUGGCUCCAUACCUAAACAAAUUGGGAUGUUAGGGAACUUAACACAACUUUACAUGAGCCAAUGUAAUUUCAGUGGGCCUAUUCCUCGUGAAAUUGGGAAGUUGGUUAACCUCAGGAUCCUAAAUCUUGCAGAAAAUAAUCUUUUUGGCUCUAUUCCUCAUGAAAUCGAAUCUUUGAAAACACUUAGUGAACUUGAUUUGUCUCGUAAUUUUCUCUCAGGGACAAUCCCUUCUACAAUUGGAAACUUGACCAAUUUAUAUUAUCUUUACCUUUAUUCAAACAGUUUAUCAGGCUCUAUUCCUGAUGAAGUGGGAAAUCUCCAUUCAUUGGACCAGGUCCAAUUGUUGGGAAACAACCUUUCUGGAUCAAUUCCUUCAACUAUUGGAAAUUUAACAAAUCUCGGUGUAUUAUUAUUAAGUGAUAAUAAACUUGGUGGAAAGAUUCCAACAGAAAUGAACAGACUUACUAAUCUGAUAAAAUUGCAGAUAAAUGACAAUAAUUUUAUUGGACAUUUACCUCAAAACAUUUGCAUUGGUGGAAAGCUGACAAAUAUUUCUGCUAGCAAUAACUAUUUCUAUGGCCCGAUUCCAGAGAGUUUGAAGAAUUGCUUUAGCCUUAUACGAGUCAGGCUUCAGCAAAACCAACUAAAUGGGGAUAUAACAAACGCUUUUGGUGUACUUCCAAACUUGAACUACAUCGAAUUAAGUGAAAAUAAUCUUUAUGGUCACCUCUCACCUAACUGGGGAAAAUUCCAUAAACUCGGAAGCCUCAAGAUCUCCAACAAUAAUUUAUCAGGUGUUAUACCACCAGAAUUAGGCGGGGCAACCAACUUACAUGUACUUGACCUAUCCUCAAACCAUCUUACAGGAAACAUCCCACGAGAUUUAUGUAAGUUGACCUUCUUGAUUAAUCUCUCAAUCAACAACAAUAGUCUCACAGGAAAUGUUCCCAUAGAAAUCAUAGCAUUACAAAAUCUUCAAAGUUUGAUGCUUGGGUCAAAUGAUUUUUCUGGCUUAUUCCCAAAACAACUUGGAAAUUUGCAAAAUUUAUUGAACAUGGGUCUAGGCCAAAAUAAAUUUGAGGGAAAUAUUCCUUUAGAGCUUGGCAAAUUGAAAUUUCUUACAAGUCUCGAUCUUAGUGAAAAUUUAUUGAAUGGAACAAUACCAUCAAUGCUUGGAGAAAUGCAAAGCUUACAAACAUUAAAUCUAUCUCACAAUAAUCUUUCAGGUGAUCUAUCUAGUUUUAUUGGUAUGAUAAGCUUGACAUCUAUUGAUAUCUCAUAUAAUCAAUUUGAGGGUCCACUUCCAAACAGACCAGCCUUCCUUAAUGCUACAAUUGAAGCAUUGAGAAAUAAUAAAGGCUUGUGUGGCAAUAUCACUGGAUUAGAGCCUUGUGCAACAUUAAGUUGGAAAUCUCAUAAUCAUAUGGAAAAAAAAGUCAUAAGAUUAGUUUUACCCCUUACUUUGGGCACUUUAAUGUUUGCCUUAUUUGCUUUUGGAGUCUUGUAUCGUUUAUGCAAAACAUCAAAGAAAAAAGAAGGCCCAAGCACAAAUUCACAAAAUCCAAACAUAUUUGCAAUAUGGAGCUUUGAUGGAAAAAUGAUAUUUGAGAAUAUUAUUGAGGCCACAGAAAAUUUUGAUAACAAAUAUCUCAUUGGGGUUGGAGGUCAAGGAUCUGUUUACAAAGCAAUGUUACCUACAAGUCAAGUUGUUGCUGUAAAGAAACUCCACUCAUUUCCAAAUGGAGAAAUAUUCGAUAUGAAAGCUUUCACAAGUGAGAUCCAAGCUUUGACAGAAAUUCGACAUCGUAACAUUGUAAAGUUAUAUGGGUUUUGUUUGCAUAAACAAUUCUCAUUUUUAGUGUGUGAGUUCCUAGAGAAGGGAGAUGUUGAAAAGAAUUUGAAGGAUGAUGAACAAGCAAUUGCAUUUGACUGGAAUAAAAGGGUGAAUGUCGUUAAAGGUGUAUCAAAUGCUUUAUGUUAUAUGCACCAUGAUUGCUCACCUUCAAUUGUUCAUCGUGAUAUAUCAAGCAAGAAUGUCCUUUUGAAUUCAGAAUAUAUUGCUCAUGUCUCAGACUUUGGAACAGCUAAGCUUCUUAAUCCAAAUUCAUCAAAUUGGACCUCAUUUGCUGGAACUUUUGGAUAUGCUGCUCCAGAACUUGCAUACACAAUGGAGGUAAAUGAGAAAUGUGAUGUGUAUAGUUUUGGAAUCUUGGCAUUAGAAAUACUUUUUGGAAAACACCCUGGUGAUGCCAUAUCUUCUUUAUCGGUAUCAUCUUCAAUGACUAGUGCGGCCAUAACACUUGAUCAUACUCUACUGAUGGAUAAGUUGGACCAACGUCUCCCUCAUCCAACUAGCCUUGUUGUUAAGGAAGUGAUAUCAAUUUUAAAGAUAGCAAUCGCUUGCUUGAAUGAAAGCCCACGAUCUCGCCCUACCAUGGAGCAAGUUGCCAAAGAGCUUGUCAAGUCAACCUCGUCUUAAAUGAAUUAGCUCUACAUUAUCACUUUUAUGCAGGUAAUGGUGACAAUGGUUAGGGUGGAACUCAAAUUACUGAGAGUUCAAAGCUACGGGUUUGCUCUGAUAAUGUGACAUUAGGGCAAUGGGAUUAGGAUAGGGUUACUUUUAUGUUGAUUACCUUUCCUUUUGUAUUUAAACAUUGUUGAAAACCUUGUGUUUUGUAAUUAUUAUAUUUUAAUUGGCUGGAUGUUCAAGGAUGAAUUGCAUGUGAACCUAUUUUACCUUAGUAGUUAUUGAAAGUUUUUCUUAUUUAAUUGUAUUA